GGGCACAAACCCGGAGUCCCGAGACUGAGGGGCGGCCCACCGACCCCACAAUCCCCGUCCGUCUGCAGGACGGGGGCAGUGAAUGCUCGGGACGGGUGGAGUUGUUGCAGGGGGGCCAGUGGAGACCCCUGUGCCGGGAGUUCUGGGCCAACCAAUCGGCCGACGUCCUGUGCCGGGAGCUGGACUGCGGGACGGGGGCCAUCUCCGACCGGGACCGGGGGCACCCGGGACCCCACUGGGUGGGGGUCCUCAACUGCAGCGGGCAGGAGCCCGGCUGGCAGCACUGCCCCUACACUGCCCUGCCCCCCAGCUCGGAGUGCGACCGCAACCUGUCCGUCCUGCUCACCUGUACAGAGCACCGGGAGAUCCGCCUGGCGGACGGCGGCUCCCGGUGCGCGGGCCGCGUGGAGAUCCGCUGGCGGGGGGAGUGGGGGACGGUGUGCGACGACGGCUGGGACAUGAGCGACGCCGAGGUGGUCUGCCGCCAGCUGGGCUGCGGGCGGCCGCUCUCCGCGCCCCCCUCCUCGGCCUACGGCCCGGGCCGGGGCCCCAUCUUCCUGGACCAGCUGGGUUGCCAGGGCAACGAGACCUACCUCUGGGCCUGCCCCGGCCACGCCUGGCGGGUCCACGACUGCGGGCACAAGGAGGACGCCAGCGUGGAAUGUUCCGGUCACAGGGAGAUCCGACUGUCCGGAGGUCCAAACCGAUGCGAGGGAGGGGUCGCCGUGCGCGAGCACGGGGUCUGGGGCGCUCUCUGCUCGGACGCCUGGGACGAGGGUCUGGCCCACGGCGUCUGUGCGUACCUGGGCUGCGGGAACGCCUCCGCGCUGCCCCAGUGGGGGCCACCGACGGAGUCAGAGCUGUGGACCAGCCACUGCGUGGACAACACCACCUCGAUUCCUGCCUGCCUGAGACGGCUGACGGAUGGCACGUGUGCAACACAGGCUGCGGUGGUGUGUUCAGCAUCGUUCAAUAUGACGCAAUAUUUUGAAAAUUUCACCUCUGCUCCAGAUCCUACAGGAAGGGAGUUUCUCGAUCAUCCCACACCGUCCCGGGAGCUGGUCCUACUUCUCAUUAUCGGGGUACUGCUGUUACUGUUGGCUGUACAGACCGUCCUCUUCAUCACCAAUGUCCUGCGACUGAGGCGCCAGAGGGUGUUGCUGUUGGCUCAGCCCAGCCGGACGCAGUCGGUCGUCUCCACCAACGAUUACCGGGAGAUGUCCAUCAGCGCCGCCCCCGCCGAGAGCCGGCCUGCCGCCAACAACGGUCCGCGUCUGGAACCGCCGGCCCGACGCACAGCGGGCUCCUCAUCCUCCUCCUCCUCCGACGAGUACGAGCAGUACGACACCUUCGCCCCCAAGGCGCCAAGGGACUUCUCCACCUUUAAGGGUUCGGUGCGGGACCACCUCGGAAGGCCGGGAACGGCUACGCUAAAUCCGGCUUGGAUCCCUCAGGGUCAGAGGGCGCAGGGGGUGAAAGGUCGAGGGUCAAGCAAGAGGAGCAAGAGGUCAGAGGGCAAUGGCAGCCCGUCCGGGGAAAAUCGAGCGAUUCCGAGAAAGCAGAGCUCUCGAUGUAGACGGGUUCAAAUUCCACGGCAGGCGUCAGAGGAGACCUCGAGUACAUCUUCAUGCGAGUGGUAUGAAAACACAAGACACGAAUCGGAGAACGAGGAGCCGCCAAGGAUGGGGGAAGUUCACCCUGAGCUCCUCGCAUUGCCCGUCAACACAGGCCUCCAGAGCUCGACGAGCACCCUGCCGCUCGAAGAAUACGAGAACGUGGACUGCCGCGUCACGCCACAGAGCAACACACUCGCUGUAGCCUAUUCUGGAACGGGUCAGGAGCAGGAAGAUUCUACCGAAAGUGACUAUGAUGAUAUUGCGACAUACGCCACCUCCUGAGGGAUAUUCGGUGGUUCCCCAGGGCAGGAGGGCGCAGCACGCAGUGGCUCCCAGGAGAUCCUGCAGAGAAAUGCCAGAACAACACAAGCAGGUGGCCCCCCGCCACCCCCCCCAACCCACGACAAGCCCUCCCCGUCCACCUAUCACCCCCCCCCCCCCGCACCCCCAACGUCGUCACGACAGACGAGACCUCCGCUCCUUCUGGGUGAAGACCGCCCGCAGCUCCCUCUCGAGCUCGACAACUCGACCGAGGCUCCACCGGCUGGCCCCAGACCCCCUGAUCCGAUGGGAUGCUGGGGGUCAGCCCCGCCUCAAGAUAAACCCCCAUCCCCGAGGGGUUUGCAAGCGGACACACGCACCGCACCAAGAGCCGAAAUCUCGCUCCUCUCGACGUACGCGUUGGCGGGUUGUGGAGCGUUGUUCGAUGGCGAUAAUCUCGAUUUCUCGAUGUGUCACUGUGUGUGGCCGUGUGCAAAUCGUUUCUGGUAAAGGAUUGCACCGGAAUUCAGAAAGAAUGUAUCUCCACCGAGGUAAAACUCCCUCCCUCACACCGUCUCUCGGUGACCCCCUCUCCCCCAGUGCCUCGUGUCACUGACUGUACCCCUUCUGACGUUAAUCCCCCUCCCUCGCACCGUCUCUCGGUGACCCCCUCUCCCCCAGUGCCUCGUGUCACUGACUGUACCCCUUCUGACGUUAAUCCCCCUCCCUUGCACCGUCCCUCAGGACCCCUCUCCCCCAGCUCCCUGUGUCACCGACUGUACCCCCACUGACGUUAAUCCCCCUCCCUCACACCGUCCCUCAGUGACUCCUCUCCCCCAGCGCCCCGUCACUGACUGUAUCCCCACUGACGUUAAUCCCCCUCCCUCACACCGUCCCUCAGUGACCCCUCUCCCCCAGUGCCUCGUGUCACCGACUGUACCCCCACUGACGUUAAUCCCCCUCCCUCGCACCGUCCCUCAGUGACUCCUCUCCCCCAGCGCCCCGUCACUGACUGUAUCCCCACUGACGUUAAUCCCCCUCCCUCGCACCGUCCCUCAGUGACCCCUCUCCCCCAGUGCCUCGUGUCACUGACUGUAUCCCCACUGACGUUAAUCCCCCUCCCUCGCACCGUCCCUCAGUGACCCCUCUCCCCCAGUGCCCCGUCACUGACUGUACCCCCGCUGACGUGAAUCCUCUAGGGUUGUGUGUUAUUGAGAUCACAGUAGAUUUAAAAACGGUUUCAUGCUUUUUCAUUUUACGAACUGUUUAUUUGUAAAUUUUGGUUCAAAUUAUUUGUA